AUGAAAUCAUAUAAUUCAUUUCUGAAAUUACUUCACAUCUAAUGGGAAUAAAUAUGUUGUGAUGAUAUUUCAGAUAUAGUCAGAGACAAACUAAAAUAAUCACUCUAAAAUCAAACUAGCAUAGAAACUAAAUUUCUUUCAUUAUCUAAAUCAAAGACAGAAAAUCCAUAAGAAUAUCAAAGUUUUUUCAAUUAAGAUAGAGACUCUCCUUUCUUUUCAACUUAUUUACUCAUAUGUACUGUACUUAAAGAAUAUUAUUCAUAAACUGAUAACAUGUUAAGUGAGCUGUCACCAAGUAAUUAAAGUUCUUGUUCAUCAUAACAAUAAAUUACUAUAGAAUGUAUUAUAGAUUGUAUGGAUAAUCUACUUUAAGAGUAUGAUAAGUUACCAGAAAUCACUACUAUUACCAAAUAAGUCAUUUUUGAAGUAUUUUAUUAAGUUGGAGGAAAUUUCACUAUUUUUGUUAAAAAUAUGAUGCUUAACAAUGAUCAGCAAACAAAUACAUUAAAAUAUGUUAGAGCAUUUCUUAAUUUAUAAAAACUACUUAAAUUAAAUAUCUCUUUAAAUUUCAAGGACAAACAAAAGAUACUUUCUUUUAUUUAUUAAAUGUUAUUAGGAAAUACACUUUAUUUUGCAUAUUUAAAAGAAAUAGCUUUCCAAGAUUUUAUUGAAAUUUUUUCAUUAUUUUAAUAAAGUUUUCUAUAAAACUCUAAGUAGCUUUAAGAAUUAUGUGAUAUUGAAUAAUUUUAAGAAAAAACAUUUAUUUAUGUUUAUUCCUAAUGUUUAAAAUAGACUUUUCUAUAAUCCUAAUAUAAAGAUCAUUUAGAAUUAACUUUAUCUAAAUGGGCUGAUCAAAUUUAAGAAUUUGGUGAUAUACAUUAUUACUUAAUUUUCAUUUAUCUAAUUUAAGUAUUUGAAUUUGCUGAUCUCAUUGAUUUCAAUACAGAUAUUAUUCAAAAAAGAAAUUAAUAAAUUAUAACUCUUGUAAGAUAAAAGAAUUAAAGAGUUGUUGGUCAUUUAUUGUAUUAGAUGUUGAUUAAUCCAAAACUAUAAUCCUAUCAAUAAUUAUUUGAAAAUAUUAUUAAAAAUGAAAAUAAUGAAACAAAAUUAUUUUAUUAUAAAUUAAUUGGAGAAUAACUAUAAUAAAUUAAUAACCCUUAAAUAUUAAAUUAAUAUCUUUGUAUUCAUAUCAAUGAAUUAAAAGAGUUUGUAAAUGAUAAUAAUCUAAAUACUCAAUAACUUAUACAAUUUAUAACAUACCUAUGUAAAUAUUAUACAGUGUUUAAUGAAGAAUAAAAAAUACUAUUUGAUUCAUCUAUUAUUCAGUUUUAUUCAUAAGAAAUCAAAGAUCAACAAUAUUAUAAAAAAUUUGAUCAAAAAAUCUUAUAAUUAAUUGAGAAUGAAUAAAUUUAUCAAUCAAUAAUCGAAAUUGCAAUCAAAAAUUCAUCCAAAAGCGAUUAACAUAAAUAUGGUUUCAUGAUUUUCAUCUAAGAUGUAAUUCUAUUUUAUAAUUAUUUUAGUCUAUCUAAUACAAUUAAGAAAGUUUGCAACAUAUUCUUAAAUAUAUUUAGAUCUUAAUGGGAUCUUGUAAAAAAAAUAAAUAAAUGAAGAAUAAAAAAAAAAUAAAUUAUAAAAAAGGUAGAGGGACAAAAAUUCUUGAUUAUCUAUUAUUAAAUAUGAGAAAUUUCAUAACAAUAGUUAAAACUAUUUAUGAGCUUAUGAUAAAAGAAAGUUCUAAUAUGACAAUUUAAAAAUCUUAAAUUUUUAUUGAAAUUUAUCAUAGAAUCAAUUAUAUUAUUUACAUGAUAUAUUGGUUAAUUGAAGAUAAAGAAAUUUUAAGUUCAGAAGGCAUUUAAUAAACUAGCUUAGAAUUAUGUUAGAUUCACUAUAAAUUAACUAUAAACUUUAUUUAUAUUCUUCAAAAAGCUAAUAAUCUAAAAUCAAGUGUUCUUUAUGAAAUAAUUAAUAAUAUAAACGCAAUAGCUUAUGGAUUUGAUUAUAUCAAUUCUAUAAAAGAUAGUUAUUUUGAUAAGAACGAAAAUUUAGUAAAUUCUUAGAAUGUAUUCGAAUUACUAUAAGAAAAUAAAAUUUAAUUAAAAUUAGUUUUUAAUAAAUAUUAUGAAACAAGUUUAAGUAUUUUAUUUGAAAUACCAAAUAUUUCAAUUGAUAGAGAAUUUUAUUUGCAAAUAUUGAAAUAUCAACUAAUUACAUAAAUAUCACUUGUGCUUUCAUUUACAGAUUUCUGUCAUAAAUUUAUUUUCUAUUUUAGAUUAGAAAGAGAUCCAGAAAUAAUAAAAUUAAUGCAAUAAUGUGUAAUUAUUGUUGUAACUUUAAACUAAGAACCUCAAAUAAUAAAAUAACUUUUUGAAACUCUAAGUUAUCAUUAGUCUACAAUAUUAAUGAAUGAUUUAGAUAAUCUGCAAUUAGAUGCUAAUGAUUAAGAUGAAAUUUAAUAAGCUUAUAGAUUGGCAAAUUUAUCUCCUUAUAGAAUUCCUUUGUUAUAACAAAGCAAUAUUUUAUUAAGAUUGGUAGAUGAUAAAAAUUAUUACAUUAAAGUUGUUAAAAUCAUUUUAGAGAUAUUUUUACAAGCUUACUCAUAAUGGUAAUAAAUGUUAUAUUCUUUGUAAAAAUAAUCAAAUCUAUUGUAUUUUUAAGGAGGAUCAUCAUCAAUUCAGAUAAAUUUUAAUUCAAUUCAAGUUUAAUAAAUUGGAGUAAAAAUGAAAUUAAGAUUAAUUAUGUAAGAAAAUGAAAGUUAUAGUCUUUAAUACUUAGAUAGGAUGAGCUUUGGAUCAUUUUUAGUUAAUUCAGAAUAUGUAGGAAAAUUGAUAGUAUUUACUUUGCUUUUUAAUAACAAUUAAGAAAUUUAAAUUGCUCUCAAUAAAUAGAAAUUUUUGAUUAUUUAUAAAUAAGAUGAAUUUUUCUAAGAAUAAGAUUAUUCACCUAAUUUGGAUUUAUCAUAAUGGUUUAUUUUGAAUUUUUAAAUGAAAAAUAAUCAAUAAAUAAUCCUUGAAAUUAAUGAAAAUAAAUAUAUUUUUUAGAAGAAAUAAUUAUAAAAUCAGUAACUUUAAUUUUAUCAAUUUGUUUUGGGAGUUAACUUAAAUUUUGAUGUCUAAUAAUCAAAAUAGUUAAAUAAAAAAUAAAAAUUUUAAACUUAGUUCAUUGAUUCAUUUAUUUUUUUGAAUUAAUCAUUUGAUGGUUAAAUAUCUGAAUUAAAUUUGAUAAUAAAUGAAUAAUAAAUAAAAUUUGAACAAUCAAAUAAUACAAAUCUAUAAAAAUAAGCCAUAAACUUUAUUAAUUCAGGAGUCAUGAUUGAAGAGGAAAUAGAAUUUGAUGAUAUUUUUUUAAUUACUCCUUGUACUUAAAUUCAACCAAAAAUGUGUAGUUAAAAUGUCUAUAUUUUGGAUAUGAAAAAAGGAUUGGAUUACAUUUAAAAAUCUGGAGGUUAUAAUGUCUUUUAUAUGAUACUAGAUGUGUUGUAUAAUGUAUAUGAAAAUACAAAUCCUAGUGAUUCUGAAGAAAUUAUUAUUUUGAUUUUUAAAUUAAUUGAAGAAGACAUCUAAAGAUCAGUAUCUUAAGUGUCAAGAUUUGUUGAUUAAAAAAAUCUAUAAAUACUUGAAGAACAUUGCAAAUAAUGGAUUCAAAUUAAUUAAUAAAACUCAGAUUAAUUUAUUAAUUAAUUGCUUUCAAUUUAUAAGAAAAUAGAAGAUGAGAAUGAUGCCAUCUAAUAUCUUAUUACUGUUAUAAAAAUAUUAGAUAAUAAAUUUACAACUGUUGAUUAAAUAAAAAAAAUAUUUAAAAUCAUAGAUUUUAAGCGCUUAAUUACACCAAAUUCUUUAAAAAAAAUAAUUAAUGUUUAAUUAUAUUAUGAAAGUAGAUAAGUAUUUACUUAAGUAACCUUAAUCAAAGCUUCACCUUACAUCGAUGUCGAGCCAAAAAAUUUAUUUUCACACUCCUUUACUAAAUGUAUUUAAUAUAAAGGAAUUGUCCGCUCUGCAGAUUUUAAUCGACUUUCAGAAUUUUUUAAUUUGCUAUUAAGUUAAGAAUAAUUUAAUUUAUUAACUUUAGACAUAUUGUAAAUAAUAGAAAUCAUGUUAGGAGAUCUAUUGUAAUAAAAAAAUAAAUUAAGAUCAGAUGAAGAAAGUCUUUUGAAUAAUUUUAAAAAGAAUAUAGUUUAAAUAUUAGAUAAGUAAAAUAAAUUCAAUACUAUUAAUUAAUACUUUAUGUAUGAAUCAGAAGUCUUUGAUAAAUUGUAUGAAUUGACUUUUUAAAUAUAUUUUUCAAUAGUAUAAAAAUUGAGACUUGAUUCAAAGAAAGAUUAAGAAUUAAAUUCAUUAUAAAUUUAUUUUGAUUAUUUUUCACCAUAAACAUAAACAGAAGUUGGAUAAUUGUUUAUUUAAAAGAUAUUAAAUUUAAUAAGUUUACAUGAAAAGGAUACUCCAUUAAUUCAUUUAUUUUUUAAACUUUUGAAUUAAUUGUAUUUAAAUUAGCAAAUAAAAGACACAAUGAAGGAAACCUUAACAAGUUAUUUUUUAGAUGUUUUUAAGAGUGUAAUUUUAAAAAAGUAAUAAUCAGACAUUUUAGUUAUAAAUCUAAUGAAAUUUUAGGAUUUUGCUUAAUUAAUGAAAAACUUGAUGCCACAUUCAAUAAAUAGAAAGUAAAAUUCUUCAGAAUUAUUCACAUAUUUUAUUAUAUAUUUAAUAGAAGUGUAUCCAAAGUGUACAAGUGAGAUUUUAUAUAGAGUUCAUAUAGAGAGUAACUUAUUUAAUAAGGAUAGUUUUAAUUCGUAUUUAUAAGCUAUAUAUCCAAUAAUAAUAUAAUUUUAUGCUUUAAAAUAAGUUCAAUAAUUUUAAAGUUAAGAAGAUGAAAGAAAAUUAAUAAGUAUUAUUACUGCAUUUCUUCAUAUUGAAUAAUGUUUUGGAGAGAUUUCAGAUUUGGAAUUUGUAAAUUGGAAUCUUUAUUCUUAGAUAAUAGACAAAGGGAUUGAUCUAUUUAAUUAUUUAGGUAUAGUGUUUUAUGAUCGUAAUUUUUAUAUGCCAGGUGUUGAUGAUAAUUUUAUAUGGGAAGAGGUAAAAUAGAAUUUUGAGAAAUAAAGAAAAUAGAGUAAUAGAGUUUUACCUAAUGGAGGAAUUAAAAGAUUAAUGAGAUAAUUGAUUGCUCCAUAUAUAAAGAUUCCUUAAAUGAAAAAACCAAUUAAAAAUUAUUUGUCUAUUAAUAAAAUGCAUUCAGAAGAUGGUAAGAUUGAUUAAUAGAGUAUUUUAAGAAUAAAAAAAUUAUUAGAUUAAGAAUUCUCAGCUCCUUUAUUAUAAACUCAUUAAUUUGUGAAAAAAAAUUAUCAUUAAUUAUUUUAAGAUACUGGAAUAUAAAUAUAGGUUAAAAAAGAAAAAAAAUAAAAGAAAUCAAAAAUGAUAAAUCAUUCAAAAUUUUAUUAAAUGUUGAUUUAUUAUGCUCUAUCCAAAGAUAAUUCACUUGAUGAAACAUAAAUUAAUAAGUAAGAAUAUAUUUAAUAAUUUAGUCUUCAAGAAAUAUUUGGAUAAUAUCAACUUAAUAAAUUAAUUGAUUGGAAAAAUAUAAAUAACAGUUUUGUAGAAUGUCUUAUAUAUUAAUAAGAUGAAACUUAAGAAUAGAUUAUAUCAGCUUUUAAUUCAUUAAAUAAACAUAAGAAGAUUAAUAUAUUGAGUUAGAAAUCAUUAUAAAAUACUUUUGAUUUAUCUUAAAUAGAUUAAAUUAGAGAAGAAACAGCCAAUUCAAUUCAAUUAAGUAUAUUUAUGGAUUUUCAAAUCUAUUAUCAAUUUGUUCAUAAACUUUGGUUGAUGUUUCCAAAAAUUAUUGAUCCUCAUGACAUUCCAAAAACUUAAAGUAAUUUAUCAGCACAUCGACAAUCAUCUUUUUCUGAAAUGAGUAUACCUUAAUUUAGAGAUUCUUCUUAAAAAAAAUAUUGGGAAAGAGAAAGUCUAGAUCUUAAAUAAAGAUAAGGAUUAUGGUUUUUUGUAGAUGAUUAUCUAUAAGUACUUUAUUAAGAGUUAAAUAAUUUUAUUUCUAAUCAAGAAUUUAAAUUUGAAGUUUUAGAAAAUAUGUAAUUGAAAAUGCAAGUUUGUCAUUUAGAAGAUAUUACAAGAAAAAGACCUCAUUUAACUUAAAUCAAAAUGAAAAAUAUUUAUAAACCUUAUUUAAAGACUGGUAAUCAAGCUAGAAAGAAAUUAAUGACUCUAGAAGAAUCAAGUAGUAUUGAUAAGAGUAAAUCAAAUAUAAAUACAUCGUUUACCAUAUUGUUAUAAAAAUCUAAUAAUAUUGAAGAAUCAUUGAGUUAAAGUCUAAUUAAGAGAGCUAAAAGAAGAUCAUCUAUAAGAUCAGAAUAGGUGAUUUCUAAUUAAGUUAAUUUAACAAUUAGUAGUUUUAGAAAAGGAUCAACAGAUAGCAAUUAAUUAGUAACAGCAAAAUAUUGUUGUGAAUUUAUAACCUAAGAAGCAGCUUAUUAAGGAAUUUUAAGAUUUAAUGAAAAAAAUUAAACUCUUAUAUUUAAAUCUGAGAAAUCUGAAUAAAAGGAAAUAUUUAGUAGUCCUGAAGUUAAACAUACAACUGAAGAUAUCUCUCUUGAAAUUUUACUUAGUUCUAUUAUAAAUGUACAUCCAAAAAGGUUUUUAUUAAAAGAAAUUGCUAUAGAGAUUUUUAUUCAUAGAUAGAAUUUCUUCUUUAAUUUGUUUAGAAUUGAAAAAUAAUAAGAAUUCAUUUAAGAAUUAAAAAGAAAGAAAGUUUAAGUAAUAGAUCCAAUUGAAGAAUUUAAAAGAAGAAAUUAUUAAUAGAAUUGGGUUGGAGGAUAAUUAUCAAACUUUUAAUAUUUGAUGAUAGUAAAUACUUUUUCAGGAAGAACUUAUAAUGAUUUAAGUUAAUACUUUAUAUUUCCUUGGGUCAUUUCUAAUUAUAAAUCAUAAUAAAUUGAUUUUAAUUGGAAGAGUGGAUCAAAUUUAUUAAGAGAUCUUAAAAAACCAAUGGGUGCAAUUGAGAGAAAUAUUGAACAGAUAUUAAAAGAUUAUUAGGAGAGAGAUUAAGAGAAUAUUGAAGAGAAUUUUAUGUAUGGAUCACAUUAUUCAAAUGCAGCAAUUGUUUUUAAUUAUUUAAUAAGAUUAGAACCUUUUAAUGAAUUACAUUUUUCUUUAUAAAAAAGUAAUAGAUUUAUUUAUUAUAAGAUAAAUUUGAUGUAGCAGAUAGAUUGUUUUCUCGAAUAGAUAUUUUGUGGGAAAAUAGUAAAAAAUAAGACAAUAAAGAAUUGAUUCCAGAAUUUUAUUAUAUGCCUGAAUUUUUAAAGAAUAUGUAAUAUAAAUAAAUAUAUAGAAAUUACUUUGAUUUUGGGACAUUACAAACUUAAUCAAAAGUAUCUGAUGUAGAAUUACCAAAGUGGGUAAAGACAUAAACAGCAGAAGAAUUUGUUUAUAGAAUGAGAUAAGCAUUAGAAAGUGAUUCAGUAUCAGUAUAAUUAAACCAUUGGAUUGAUUUGAUAUUUGGAAUCAAUAAUAAUGGAUAAAAAGCAGUAGAAAAAGCUAAUGUCUUUCAUUAUUUAACAUAUGAAUAAAAUUUAUAGAUGGUAUUAAAUAAAUAUAUUGAUGAUUAUUCAACGAUUCAAUCAUAUUUAACAUAAGUUUAUUAUUUUGGUUAAACACCUAAAUAAUUAUUUCAAAAAGCACAUUAAAAAAAGAAAUAUAGUUUAUAGAUUUUUACAAAUUAGAUCCCAUUUUUUGGUGAUAAUCCAGAUAAAGUUAAUAAAGGAUUUGUACUUUAAUCUAAAAUAGAACAUAAUAAGAUUGAUAGAUCAGAAAUUUUAGGAUUCUAUCCAUAUUCUAAGAAAUGUAUUUAUAUUCUGAAAACAGAUGAUGAUAAAUAUAAUUAAUUAAGAUUAAUUGAUGCAAAGAAUUCUUAAGAUGAUGGAUAUAUUUAUUAUCAUUGUUAAAUUAGAUAAUAAUUGAAGCUACCUGAAAUAAAAGUAGAGGGAUGUAAUCCUUAGAAUUUAUUUACUUUUAUAUAUGAAUAGGAGUUCAAUUUUGGAGAUGGAUAUGAUUAAUAAUUACAUAGUAUUUAUGAAGAAAAAUAGAAUUACAAUUUAUAUCUUUGUUUAGCAGGAUUUAUAGAUAAAAGCAUAAAGAUCUAUGAUUUAAGAAAUAAAUUAACAGAAUUAAGAAUAGAUAUUGCUUUUUAAAAUUAAAAGAGAUAAAAAAGAGCAUCAUGUGUUAGAUAUCAUGCUUUAACUAAGAUUUUAGCAGUAGGAUCAUUAGAUGGUUUACUUUAAUUAUUUUAGCUUCAAUUUGGAUAAUAAAUGUAAGCAAAGGGAGUUCUCACAAAAUAAUUAAGAAAUGGAAUAGUUUGCGUCGAUUUAACAGAUUUAAAUAUUCUAACAGUAGAUUAAAAGAAUUUAGCAAGUCUAUUUACUUUAGAAGGAGAGUAAGAUAUUAAUAGUAAAUAUUAUAGUUUAUUACAAACAAUAUCAUUAGAAAUAACUGAUAAAAUUUGGUAAUGUUGUAUAUAGAUUAAUUUUUUGGUAUUUAAGAGUUUAAAUUCCUAAAUUUGUGUAUACACUUUGAAUGGAAAGCAAUAUCUUUAGACAGUUCCAUUAUUAGAUAGAGUCUCUAAAAAUAUAGUAUUUACAACUCCAUUUUCAUCUAAAUUUGUAUAUAAAGAUAUUUAUACUAUAGUUAAUAUUUGGUUUGAAUUAAUAUGGAGAAGAAAAUUAGCCUCAUUUUGAUCCUGUCAUUUAUUGUUAUGAUAUAUUUGAUUUGAAAUUGUAGUAUCAGUAAUUAGGGGCUCUUAAUUGUGAUAAAAUAUCUAUAAAAAAGGGAAAUUAGAAGGGAAGUGGAAUUUCAGCUCUUCAUAUAAGUUUUGAUCGAUGCCCCUUAAUGGAAAAGAAUGAUAUGAAACACAUUUACUUGGUAGCUAUUGAUACUUAAAUUCUAUUUUAUAUGGAUGAAAAAUAUGGUAAUUAUUUCAUUUAUAAAAUAUUGUAGAUUAAAGACUGAUUCUAAAACAAAAUUUUAAAGAAGGAGGACUCUCUCCUUAUUGA